GAACAAACUUGAUACGUACGCGAAAGAAUUCCCAAUACAAUUUCCUGUUUUACAAUCAAUAUCGAAUAUCCCACAAUAUCCUAGAUUGUAUUUUAAUACUUAGCAAUUUGUCACAAAAAGUAAACCGGCAAAAAACCAUUCACUUGGAAUUAUAUAUCUUGUUCAAGAUUUGCAAAGCAGGUGGGAGAGAACAAGACGAAGCGAAAGAAUAAUAUAGGAUAGGAGGCCGCAAUUGUAUUUAGAGAUUGCCUAUCAUCAAUCCUUCUGCUUAUUUUCCCAGGCCACAAGCCUACACAUUUUGAAAAUUCAGCCCCACAACAUCUUUACCAUCAAUAUCUUUUCGCCUGGGAUGGACUCAUCAAGUGCUCCCCGCGGACGCGGAAGAGGAAGAGACUAUGGACGAGGCCGUGGAAAUAACGAUAGAGCACCACGUUCCUAUACCAACUCAUCUCCAGUUCCGCGCAUCGCGCUCCUGCAUCCCGGAACACCGGUAUCGAUUGUUUUGAAAAUGGACCAGGGGAGCGGAAGGGAAGUGAAGGGGUUUGUGGGAGAGCUUUUGACGAGGGGAGAUCAUCCGAGGGGAGUGAAGGUUAGGUUGAGGGAUGGACGGGUGGGGAGAGUGCAGAGGUUGUGUACAGAGGCGGAGGCGGAGGAGGGAGAUGGGGGGAUGAGGGGGUUGGGGAGGAAUGGGGAAGUGGGUGGUGUUGAUUUGGGCGGUAGGAUGGGAGGGGUAGAGAGAGGAGGGGGAGGUGGUAAAACGUACUCAGACUUUAGGACAGAUGGGCAUGAUGAAUCUUCUGCGGCGAGUAACAGUGCAGGAGCCAGUUUGGAAGAUUAUAUUGUUGUGAAAGGAAAUCGUAAGGGGAAGAAAAGUAAACCCGAAGAAAGCCAAUUUACUGAGGAGGCCAAGAAGAAGCAAGAAGAAAGUGGUAAAAAUGAUGAGGAAGUAUUAUCGGAGGAAAGAUCAACAGGAGAAGUGUUCAAAUCGGCUAUGAGUACAUGUCCUGUUUGUGGAGAUUUUGAGGGGGAUGAGAUGGCGGUUGCGCAUCAUGUUAGUGGUCAUUUUGAAUGAUUGUCUGGGAUGAGAUGUUUGAGGGUGAUUAAGGGGAUUCAUCAGAGGAUUCUUGCAUAUUUGGAUUUUGGAUCAUGUGUAUAUCAAAUUACUUGAAUAGUCAUAAAGGGGUAGCUCUCACGAUUUCAGGUGAAUUUGGUAGCUACUUCUGUUGAUUCAAUUCAUGGACUAGUUGUAGCAAAUAAAAUUAGUAACUUCUUCUUAGUUUCAAAGGAGAGAAAGAAAUCGAUAAGACUA